AUAGGAUUGACAUUGAUCUUGUUGACAACAGGCUUGGUAACACGACGCUUCGAGAUGACGGCCCUCAGUAUGGGCGCCUUUGGCGCCUACAAGCACGCUUACAGUAAAUAUCUACAGGAAAGAGAGGCAGCGCUCGCGAGAAACCAGCCGACAGAAACUGUGUGGGUCACCAAACGGUACAUCCCCACAGAUCUCAGGUCCACAGCGCCCGUCCCACGACACAAGCUUCUGGCGCCAAAACAACUUCCGUCCGCGGAACACCACUGGAUUCCCGUCACAGAUCCGCCCCUGAGAACUUUUGAUCGUGGUCCCGGGAACGCUAUAUUUAAGUCUCAUCCCAGCACGCGGUGUGAGGAGUAUUCAACACUUAGGCAGAUGCUUCCUUCCAGGGGAUACCUGGUGGCCUUUGAACCACAAAACUGGGGCACGGGAAGUGAAAUGCCGAUAGCGUAUGCUGACCGACCCCCCAAAAGGUUUCCCAUUAUUAACAGCCCAAUGGGGAGGUAUGUUGAUGAAAUGCACACCACCAACAAGCUAUUCAAGUUACACUGAUUACAAAAGAGUUAUCUUUCCUGUUCCCCAGGAAUUUUUAUCAGUGAGUGAAUACCAGUAUUAAUAUCAGAAACAGUUUGUCAUUCCCUUUUUCUUCUUGUUGUUUGUUUUUUAUCCUGUGUAUGCCAUUCAAGCAUAAUAUAUGUGAUAUUGACAUUUUUUUAAUGAAACACUUAACAGGAAUGUGGGAGACUUUAAUUAAUUAAAGUCAUGAUAUAUUUGAUCAGUAUUAAUUAAUUAUUUAGAAUCUGUACAUUUGUUGAUCACAUUCAUUAAGUGCACAUAUUUGUCUCAUGGUGCUGUUUGUUGUCAUUUUGUGUGUUUUUUUUAAUUUUUAAAAUAUACAUAUUUAUAUCUUUUUAAUCUUUGUAGAUUAAAUUCUAUAUUUGUUAUUUGCUCAGAUUUUGCAGUGGAAUUUAUUUAGAUAUAGGGAUAUAUUUAGUAGACUUUGUAGUAGAGAUAGGACAGAGACAACGAAUUGGUCCAUAUGUUGAGGUGUUAGCCAUCAGAAGUAUUAUAAUUAUAUAUACAUAUUGUUGUUUGAAGUGCAAAUUGUUUUUCUGUUUAAUUAUACAUGUAGCUCAAUGUAUCUGUUAUUUUCCCUUGAUUAAAACCAGAGAAAACUAAA